GAUGUGCGAGCGGCCGAAGGUCCACGUCUUCCUGGGGGCUCCUCCUCCGUCCUCCGGCCCAGCCUCGCCGUCUGAAGCUGGGGCAGAAGCUGAGGAGCGGCCCCCCGCUGACUGGAGACACCUGGAGCUCACCUGGCGGGACGGACGUCUGAGGCCUGCAGCAGACGAGGCUGGAAAUCGUCUGGCAGAAGAAAGAACCUGCGGUGAGAACACAGAUGAUAAUCGAUGUACGCCACGAUCACAAAACCAGGAUAAUGAACCAAACGACGCAGAGGCGUCACGAGGACGGGGCGAACGAGCGGCCACAUCUGGCUGCAAAUUUAAUCCGAAAGAUGGCCGCUCGGAUGGACCUGCAGAGAGCGGAGAUGAAAAGUUGAGGAAAAGCGGAGAGGAGGAUCAGUGUUCGGCUUCAGUUCUUCAGUAUCUGGACGGCUGUUUCCCCACAGCUCAGAAACCACCAGAAAAACCUGAAAAAACAGAACCUGAGCCUCCACGGCGAGCCGUGCCUCCUCUGUCCGCUCACACUCGCUUCCUCUCCACCUGGACUCUGAGUCAGGCUCUAAUCCUGAGAGGCGGGCGGGGCAUCCAAUCAGCAACCAGCCCUGACAAGACCCCGCCCCCUCAGACCCCGCCCAAACACACCCACACUCCUCCGUCCGUCUCCUCCAGCACGCCGGAGCUCUUCAGCCCCGCGUCGCCGUCGCCCGGAGCCUCCGCCGAGCUCUUCAGCCAACGCUCCCUGACCCCGAGGGCGGAGCAAGGAGGCGUCGUCGUCGAAGCCACCGCAGACGGCGUGCUCUGCUCCCAGGAGGCCGAGCAACACGCCGCCAGAGAGUCCCCGGAUUUCAAGAGAGCUCGAAUCUCUGAGAACCUUGAAGCGUCCGUGUCGAACAGCACCGCCGCCGGGCUGCGAGGUCCCACCACGGUCCUGAUCCGCUGUGACAAACGGGGACCGCAGUACUCGGUUCUGGUGGCGGUGGUUCACCCGUGUCACCUGAAGGAGGUCAAGGUGAGGUCCGGGCCGUCGGCGGGGACCUUCGUUCCUCUGGCGUCCAUCGUGGUAACGGACCAAUCCGGGGUUGAGACGAAGGUGGUGCUGUGGCGGCGGGCGGCUUUCUGGGCGUUGACAGUCAGUCCCGGAGACGUUCUGCUCAUCACAGGGCUGCAGGUGAAUGAAGACAGGUGGAGAGGAGAGACGGUGCUGCAGUCGACCUUCAGCAGCAAACUGCUCAAUCUGGGACAGAUCACCGCCUCCACCUCGCCGCCAGCUCCUCAGCACGUUAAUGCUCGCUCUCUCGCCGCUCUGUGUGGCUAUCUUCGGGAGCGACGCCCCCUGCUGGUGUCUUCAAACCUCCGCCCCCCUCAGGACCUGAACCGCCUCCCCUAUGCCACUCUGAGGUCCCUGAGGGCCAACACACUGGUCCACGCCCUGCUGCGCGUCGUGCACACACACGUCAGCACAGAGUGGCGGAGUGAGGCGGAGUCUGGCUUCAGGUCCGCUGUUCAGCUGCAGGCCGUUCUGACUGUGGAGCAGCCAGAUGGCCAGCAGGGGGCGCUGCUGCUGUGGGGCAAAGCUGUGGACUGGCUGCCUCGCUUCAACAGAGACAGAGCAACUGUCUGGGACUUCCACGUCCUUUUGGUGAGGGAGGGUUUGACCUCCGACCUCCUUGAGCUGCACUCCACCCCCUGGAGCUCCGUUCGUCCUCUUGACCCCGCCAACCGCCGGGCGCAGGACUUCCUUCAACCACGACCUGUCCAAUCAGGAAACAGCAGUCUGGAGUUGGACCUGGACACGCUGCUGUCUCAGAAAUACAACGGUAACGUGGAGCUCAGAGUCCAGAUCACCGCCUUCCACUUUCAGGAUCCUCCACCCUCCCAGAAUGCACCUCGGCUUGUCUUAGACAGCUUCACACAGCUGGAUGGUAUCCUGGCGGUGCUGAGCGGUGACAUCACGUACACUGGCUGCGGUCGCUGCUCUGCCGAGCUGGAUACAGACGCCAACGGCAUUUAUGUGCCGUGUUACCCCUGCCUGCCCCACACAGCCGUACGUCGCUACUACAGGCCAGGUGUGCUGACAGUAAGUGGGCGGGGCAGCAGUCAGGUGUGUGUUCAGGUUCCUCCUGUUCCGCUGCAGAGGAUCCUCGAAGCCCCGCCCGACAAACUCCACAGGAGCUCAGGUGGGACACAGACUGUCAAUCCUGAUUCAACGCAGUCAAACCUUAUUGGCGUCAGAAAGUUUGGAGUGCUUAGAGUCUUUUUUAUCUGUCUGUCAGCUCCAGGCUCGGAGGUGAAGCACAUCCAGGUGGCAGCAGAGAGGAUCCGGACCCUCCUCUCCCUCCCGAGGAAAACCUUCGUCAUCACUGUCCGGAGCCACUUCCUGUGUGACGAGAACAGCGUCCCCAUCAGUCAGGACUUCACACUGUUGGACAUCCAGUUCCCCAGCUGAGGGACUGCAGAUGAGGGACACCGAUACGGGACGUGUUCUUUUCAGACACAUACCAAAUCACCGCCAAAUCCACGGUUCAUUUCCGAACCUCUGUCCCCUCUCUGUGCCCCUGUUUCUUGUCUCUGUCUGUAUGAAUUAUCAAAUAAAGGCAAAAUAACAAAAA